AUGGAGACGACCAAGCUUCCGCCAUCCAGCCCUUCCUCUCCGACCACAGGCUUCUCGGUGCCCUCGGCGGAGAAGGUGGACGGCUUCCCGCGGAGGUCGAUGCGCCGGGCCCGGCAGAGGAGGUCCCACAGCUCCUCCCAGUUCCGCUACCAGAGUUCACAGGUGGAGCUCACACCACUGCCCCUGCUCAAAGCUGUCUGUCUGUCUUCCCUGGUCCAGGUAGCGGAGCGGGCUCUGUACUUUUGGAACAACGAGUACAUCCUCAGUCUGAUCGAGGAGAACUGUCAGGUCAUCCUGCCUGUCUUUGCCACCCUCUAUAGAGUCUCCAAGGAGCACUGAAACCAGACUAUUGUGUCUCUGAUCUACAAUGUGCUCAAGACCUUCAUGGAGAUGAACAGCAAACUCUUUGAUGACCUCACUGCCUCCUACAAAGUGGAGAAAACAGAACUGAAGCGAGAGAGGGAGCGUGCAGAGCUCUGGAGAGGCCUGGAGGAGUACCAGGAACGCCGGCUCCAGAUGCUCACCGAGGCAGCCAGGAACCAGAGGAACCUCCAGGAGCGAGGCGAGAGAGGGGAUCCUCCGACCCCGGCCUCCCCGCAGACAGCUCACGGCGAUCAGCUGGAGCCCGAGCCCAGCGGGGCCUCCUCCGGCGCGGGGGAGGCCGCUACUUAA